AUGACCCAAGAUGCAAAAGAUUUGGAAGAAGGAUCAUCAAUUUCCCUCCAUUCAGAGGUGACGCCUAGUAUCUUCAUUAGCACAGGCUUGGACCUUGAGAAUGCGCAACGACAUUUACGGGUAGAUAAUGCAGGUCUCACUCAACACUCAACCAACAAUCAGCAAACAAAGAUUCUGAUGCGCAGAAAUGCUCUCCAAUGCCGCAUUGAUUCAUGGAUCGACAUACAGGUCCUAAAUGCUCUCCAAUGCCGCAUUGAUUCAUGGAUCGACAUACAGGUCCUGUACGUGCCCUCUGUCGCUCACUUCCAUGCCACUGGUCUCUCUCCAUCUGAUGAGGGCACCAUUGAUGAAACCACCGGCUGUCCAAAAGCCAAACUCAACUCUAUCAAAGCCGAGGAUAUCCCACUAUUUCUUCCAUCUUCUAUCUGUAAUCUGACAAUGCUAACAACGCUCUCGAAGAAUGCCGCUCUCACAUUCGUCUCCGCCACCAGCUUCUACGCUUCAAGGCACAACAAAUUUGCAGACAAAAUCUUAACACUUGUGCCCAAAAAACCAUUCAAGCGGUUGAGGAUCAGCUCAUUCUUAGUCACGAGAAGUAUUCUUGUGCUCGACCAUGUAGGCUGGGAGCGCAAGUUGCAGCCAUUGAGGAAGUCUGACCUUCGGCCAAUGGGGGACCUUGGAGGUCGCACUCAAGGAACAGUGAUCAUGUCAUGGAUUUGGCAUGUUUUGGGAUUCGCUACACAUUGA